GUCUAACUGACCACCAUUUGGGCAUUUCAGAUGUUAAAAAAUCCAUGGCAUGAAAAUUCGUACUAUGCUUGGGUCCUCAAUUUAUGAUCUUCAUAGAAUCAAAUUCUUUCCACCUUCACUUCCAAUUCUCCAUUUCAAACCAAGCCCGUUUUUCGUAAUCGUCCCUCAAAACUAUAGUUAUUCUUCAUAUCAGUUCCAUCCACUGAUUCAAACCAAUGCAUCUCCCUCCGUUAGUAGAUGCAGAGCUUUAGUGCCAGUUCCUGAUCAAACCCAUUCUAGGGAUUUCAACACGGUGUUUUUGUUUAGCUGUAGCAUUCUUCAAACCUGUGCGAAAAGGGCAAUUCUUUCUGAACUUAAACAAGUACAUGGGCAUUUGUUCAAGUCUGGAUUGUACAGUGUGCUUUCUUUACAAAAUCAGGUCUUGUAUGCGUAUUUCAAAUGUAUGGAAAGUUCAGACGCAGAAAAGGUGUUUGAGGAAUUGCGUGUGCGAAAUGUAGUAUCCUGGAACAUUUCGAUUCGUGGUAUAUUUGACUCUGUGAAGCUGGGAUUGGAUUUGGAUUGCUUUGUUGGCAGUGCUCUUGUUGAUUUCUAUGCAAAAUGUGGCUUAGUUCAGAAUGCAAGGUUGGUUUUUAGUUGUGUUCGGUUUAAAGAUUUGGUUAUGUGGAAUGUGAUGAUCUCAUGCUACACUUCGAAUUGUUUACCCCUGAAGGCAUGGGCCAUUUUCAACUUGAUGCGAUUGGAAGGCGUAAAAGGGGACGAGUUCACAUAUAGUAGUCUAAUAAGUUCAUGUGUUGCCUCUGAUUGUUAUGACUUUGGAAGGCAGAUUCACAGUCUUAUCCUUAAACAGUCAUUUGAUUCUGAUGUUUCGGUGGCUACCGCUCUGAUCAACAUCUAUGCCAAACAUGAAAACAUAACCGAUGCUCUACGUGUUUUCGACAAGAUGGUAAUUCGAAAUGUGGUGUCUUGGAACACCUUAAUUGUUGGGUGUGGACAGUGUGGACACGGGAAUGAAGUCAUGGAGAUUCUUAGAAAUAUGCUAAGGGAAGAAACUCACCCUGAUGACUUGACUCUUUCCAGCACCAUUAGUUCAUGUGGGUAUGCCUCUUCUAUUACUGAAACCAAGCAAGCUCAUGCUCUUACAAUCAAAUCAGGACUUGAGGAAUCUAUAUCCGUAGGCAAUUCUUUGUUAACCGCAUACUCCAAGUGUGGCACUAUUGCUUGUGCAUAUAAAUGUUUCAGGUCCAUCCUACAACCUGAUGUUAUCUCAUGGACUUCAAUGAUAAAUGCAUAUGCCUUUCAUGGUCUUGCCCAAAAAGCAAAUGAGACAUUUGAGAAGAUGUUAUCUUGUGCCAUAAAACCAGACAAAAUAUCAUUUCUUGGUGUUCUCUCUGCUUGUGUUCAUUCUGGGCUAGUAAUCAAGGGCCUUUAUUACUUCAAACUAAUGACGAAGUUGUAUCAGAUUGAGCCGGAAACAGAGCACUAUGCCUGCAUAGUGGACCUUCUCGGACGAUGUGGGUAUAUAUAUGAGGCCUUUGAGUUCUUAAGGUCUAUGUCAAUUGAACCAGAGGGAAACACAUUAGGAGCUUUUAUUGGAUCUUGCAAAGUACAUGAACAGAUAGUUCUGGCUAGGUGGGCUGCACAGAAGCUGUUGAUGAUAGAGCCAAAGAAGAGUGUGAAUUACACUGUGAUGUCCAAUAUUUAUGCUUGUUACAAGCGCUGGUGUGAAGUGGAAAGAUUGCGCAGAAAGAUGGAGGAAAGGUGCAGUUCAAAGGUCAGAGGUUGUAGCUGGAUAGAGAUUGGUAAUGAGAUUAGUUUCUUUGUGUCUUGUGAUAGAUCCCACCCUGAAGCUCUAGAAGUGCAUGCUACGUUAGCAAUGUUGAUAAGUACAAUGAAAGAAGAUGGCGUUUGGAUUGUGUAAUUUGUAGAGCUGGGAAAAUUAUUAGAAUACAUACCUAAACUAAUUAUAAUUGUAUUUCCUUA